CGGUGUAUUCUGGGUAAAGUGUGGCUCCGGAAAGUUUGAAGAGCGCAUGCGUGCGCUGGCUCGCUCCUUUUGGCUCGUCGGCCGUCAGUGAGGCAACAUGGGUCACCAGCAGCUCUACUGGAGUCACCCGCGGAAGUUCGGCCAGGGAUCCCGCUCCUGCCGCGUCUGCUCAAACCGCCACGGUCUGAUCCGCAAAUACGGGCUGAACAUGUGCCGCCAGUGUUUCCGGCAGUACGCGAAGGACAUCGGCUUCAUUAAGUUGGACUAAGCGACCUUGAAUGGAUUCUUCAAGACUCAACCCAGUGGAAAAGAUCAAUGCCAGUCUUUGUACAUAAGAAUAAAAAAAAGUGAAGAUCUUCAA